GCCUGUGAACAGCACAGGUCAGGGCGGUGCAACAAGUUGACCAAAAAAGCAUUGAGUGGGUUGGGCCAUGAUGCCGGCGCCGCUGCUCAUGCUGCUGAGCAGCUGAUUCAAAAAAGCCGGAUAGCAAAACGCAGGACUUUUCCCAUACUGGACCUGCUACGUACUGGAAUUGGUCCAGCUCCUGACCAACUGGACGCCCUGGAUGCGCCUAACGGGCCUGACUAUGUUCCGCCUCCCGGACCCGUCCCAGGCACUGCAUCUGGUUGUAACUGCUCGCCUCAUUCCCAUUGUGCUGGCCGAGGUCGGGAGUUUCCUUGGUGCAAAAUCAACCGGACGGAGCCGUGUUCGUUGUUGUCACAGCCGUCCUUCGUGGAUGCUGCAGGGGCCGACCAUCGCGUGGCUGGGUCAGGACAGCCACCCGCAGUCUGGGACUACUGUGGCCCACCGAAGGAAAACUCUGAGACAGUCCAUGCUGGCGCGCACUGCGAGAGAAGAGAUGACAUCGUGGAGAAAUAUCAUGAUGAUUCAGAGUUCUGGGACCGGGACGGGAAUUUUAACUGGAACAAGGUGCCUCGGAAGGAUCGCAUGACCCUCGAAGCAAUGAUUGUCCCCAAAGAGGGCCAAGGUCUAUGUGUGCGAACGCCGUCCAGUGGGGCACACUUUGUCUGUCCCACUGCACAGGAUGACCUAGAUGAGGCAAGGCCAGAGGGUACCGAGUGGGCUCGUACUCGCACCUGGGACUUCUGCGUCCCUGCAGCACCUGAAGAGAAGAUCAAGGUCUUGCAGGAGCUGGCCCAGGAGACGCAGGCAAGCUUUGCCAAUGCCAGUGCUCACCUGCAGCCCCUCCUUCCACUAUGUAGGGAUUAUAUAGGGGUUAUAUAG